AACAAUUGAAUUUGAAUUCAAUUAGGAAAGUUCACAAACAGCUCAAAACAAACUGAUGAGGAACAGCUGACACCAGAAGCUGACUCUAAUUGGCUGUGCUCUUAGGAAGCAAAACCUUUACUCAGAAACUUCAGUAGGGAUGUUGGUUGGUGUCAGUUCAUCUGCCUUUCUCCCAGGGAACCAUCUGGAGUUGUCCAAUAUGCUAGUGUUCAUUUUCCUGGCUGUGAAGCUAAGCUCAGAAAAUGAAUCCUCUUCCCAAACAAAUGAUUGUGCACAUUUAAUACAGAAAUGCUUGAUUGAUGCAAAUGGCUGUGAGCAGUCAUGGAGAUCAAUGGAAGAGACCUGCCUUGCUCCAGGUGACCCCUGCAAGAUAAAUAAUUCAUUGCAUUGUAACCUGAGUAUCCAGUCUUUGGUGGAAAAAGAUUUCCAAUUUAAAGAGUGUCUUUGUAUGGAUGACCUCCCCUGUACAGUAAACAAACUUUUUGGAAAAAAGUGCACCAAUAAGACAGAUAACAUGAAAAAGGACAAUAAAUAUAAAUGGAAUCUAACUACUCCUUUAUAUCAUGGAUUCAAACAGAUGCAGUCUUGUUUGGAGGUGACAGAGGCGUGUGUAGGGGAUGUGGUUUGUAAUGCACAGUUGGCCCUUUACCUUAAAGCAUGCUCAGCAAAUGGAAAUCUGUGUGAUGUGAAACACUGCCAAGCAGCCAUACGGUUCUUCUAUCAAAAUAUGCCUUUUAACACUGCCCAGAUGUUGGCUUUUUGUGACUGUGCUCAAUCUGAUAUACCCUGUCAGCAAUCCAAAGAAACUCUUCACAGCAAGCCAUGUGCACUGAAUAUAGUUCCACCCCCCACUUGCCUCAGUGUAAUUCACACUUGCCGAAAUGAUGAAUUAUGCAGGACACACUACCGAACAUUCCAGACAGAAUGCUGGCCCCACGUGACUGGGAAGUGCCAUGAAGAUGAGACCUGCAUUAGCAUGUUAGGCAAGCAAGACCUUACUUGCUCUGGGAGUGAGAGCUGCAGGGCCGCCAUCCUAGGAACCUUCGGGACCAUCCUGCAAGUGCCCUGUGCUUGCAGGGGCAUUACACAGGAUGAAGAACCCUUGUGCAUGACUUUCCAGCACAUGCUUCAUAGCAAAUCGUGUUUCAAUUAUCCAACUCCUAAUGUCAAAGACAUUUCCUCAUAUGAAAGAAAGAAUUCAAAAGAAAUUACUCUGACUGGAUUCAAUUCUCUCUUCAAUGGAGAACUACUCUAUGUUGUUGCAUGCAUGGUAAUUACCUGUGGAAUUCUUUUCUUGGUGAUGCUCAAGUUAAGGAUACCAAGUAAUAAAAGAGAUUCCUCGCCCAUCGAAAUAGCUGGAGGUGUCAUUAUUCAGUGAGCCACAGAUUACUUAUCAACCACAUGUCUGUGUGGCUAACCAAUGGAAAAUUACAUUUGACAAUAACCCAAUUUAAGAUGGAUUUGAAAAUAUUUAGUCAUUAUAUCUAACAGUGAUAUACCAUAAUGAUCACAGACCUGUUUUUGUUUUCUUAAAAAUAUUUGAAUAAAUACUUGUAGUGGUGUCAUAACUAGUUGAUAACAUUUUCAUUAAAGUCAACAGGUGUCCUGUAAAAUGUGACAGAUUUGCUGGAAGACUAUCAGUGCACAUAUCAACUUCUAUCUUAUGGAACUAAUCAUAAUUAGUGUGUGCAGUUUUCUGAAUAAGGUUAUAGUUUCCCAUUAAGUUGGUAAAAUUAAAAUGCUAAUUAGAACAUUGAGUAUAUUUGUUAUUUGUAUAUUCUUACUCAGUGUCCAAUCAUUAAACAAAUUGGUAACAUUGAACAUAUUUACUUAGAUGACUGCUUAUGAAAAUAAGAACUAACAUCCUACAAAUUUCAUAAUUUAAAUCGUAUUGAAUUUUACUUUUUAUUUGGUGUGUUAAGAUCCAUAAAUAUAUAAAGCAACUACAUUAGUUGAGAAAAGUCAAUGUUUACUCCAAUAAUGAUAUAAUUUGUUAAUUUAUUUAUUUUUUCUAAUUAAUGAUCAUGAAUGUAAUCAUCAUGAAAUAAAAAAGACAUACUUAAAUUGCU